AGGAGCAAUGAGGAGAAGGCAGCCAUCGCCCUGCUGAUAGCAGAAGGUCUGGGAUGCAGUGAAGUCCCGUUUGUUUCCCAGUUCAUAUUUGUGUAGGUCCUGGGAAAACAAACAAUAACGUUGCGGAUUUGGCAGAUCCAUCAAUCGAAUGCGAGCAGAGCCAGGCCCAACUUAACAAUGGGCCACAUACCCUUCUGUGUCCUGGUCCCAGUGACAGUGCUGGCUGUGGUGGCUGUAGCUGCUGUAGAUGAUGAGUACACCUGGCCGCAGUGGAAAGUUCCUCUGGUGAGGAAAAGACGUACUGUGCCUCUCAGCAGCCCAAGCUUCUCAGCUCAUCCACAGCCAGAGCUAAGUGGGACUUGUGGGAUCGAGUGCCAGCGUCGCCUUCCUUCACCUUCCCUGGAAGACUUGGAGCAGUUCUUGUCUUACGAGACAGUCUACGAAAAUGGCACACGCACGUUUACUUCCAUUUCUGUGCAGGGUCUCAACGAGAUGACCGCAUGGUCCAGAAAUGCCUCGUCUAGCUCUCGCCACAAACGAGAGGUGUAUGGCACAGAUACCCGCUUCACCAUCGCUGAUAAGCAGUUCUCUACCAAAUAUCCGUUCUCCACCUCUGUGAAGGUGUCCACAGGCUGUUCUGGGGUUCUGGUAUCCCCUAAACAUGUGCUGACUGCUGCCCACUGCAUCCAUGAUGGAAAGGAUUAUCUAGAUGGAGUGCAGAAACUACGUGUCGGGAUUCUGAAGGAGAAAUCCAGGCGAGGGAAAGGAGGCAGAGAGAGAGGAGGACGACGAAAAGGUAGAAGAAGAAAGGGAGACACAGCUCAAGAAGAUGGACAGGAAAAGGAGGAGAAUGGCGGUAAAGGGAGGGGAAAAGGGAAAAGUAGGAAGAGCCGGAAUAGGCGAAGCGUGGAAUCUGAGAAACCAUCAUUUAGGUGGACAAGAGUCAAAAAGACCCAGGUUCCUAAGGGUUGGUUCAAAGGCGUGUCGGGUGGACUGGCUGCAGAUUACGACUAUGCUGUUCUGGAACUGAAGAAAUCCUCAAAAGUGAAGCACAUGGAUCUGGGUGUGAUCUCCUCAGUCAAGAAGCUUCCUGCUGGGAGGAUCCACUUCUCCGGCUUCGAUGAUGACCGACCUGGUAACUUGGUGUACCGGUUCUGCUCCGUGUCUGAGGAAUCCAAUGAUUUGUUGUACCAAUACUGCGAUGCCAAACCUGGCUCCAGUGGCUCUGGGGUCUACAUCCGCCUCAAAGAACCAGGCAAGAAGAAGUGGAAGAGAAAGAUCAUUGGAGUCUUCUCCGGUCACCAGUGGGUGGAUGUUAAUGGGGACGGGACACAGCAGGAUUACAACGUGGCAGUGAGGAUAACACCCCUCAAAUAUGCUCAGAUCUGCAACUGGGUCCAUGGGGACUCAAGCGCGUGCCAGGUAGCCUAAAAAACACAGGACCCCACCUCCCCCUUAUACAUAACCCUAGGUACAAGCGAUCCCCAACCUACACACUCCUCGUCUUUAAUCAUCAAUCAGGGGCCCAACAACUGCCUUCCUGUAACCUCCUGUGCCUCCCAGUGGCUCCUGCUACACUGGUCCACACACACACAGACACACACACGCACGCACACACACACACACACACACAUACAGCCAUUCAGACUCUGUGUUGACAAGAGAAACUUGUCAGCGCAUCAGAACUGUGGCUCUUCAGCUUUUCUAAUUUAUUUGCUAAAAAGAAAAAAAAAAAACAACUGAGAAAAAUCAUAUAUAUUAUAUGUAUUUUUCAGAUCAUUCUGAUCUGCUGUUUCUAAUUUGACCUUUUUUUUUAAAGAUAUGACCUCUUUGGAAGGUUGAAAAGUGUGUAUAUUAUAUUAUCCCUGGUACAUUUAUUCUUAUUCUAGGCCCUGUAUGAAAAGACUGCACUACAAGUCUUCUCCACUAGUGCGCAUCAAGUUUGACAAAAGACCCAGGAAAAAUCAUUGUAACUCUUGUUUCGCAAUUGAACUAUAUGGAGAUAUGGAAAUAACUUUUUUAUAAACAUUUUUAAUUGAACAUGUUCCAUUGUGUGUAUCUGUCUUGUUUUUUUGUUUUGUUUUUCAAACUACCUUUUGAAGACAAAUCGUCUCUCUAAAUAGAGAAAGGUUCCUUAUAGAAAAUAGCUUUGUUUGUUUUUCUCUGUGAGUUUUGCAAUCUUUUUCUCUGUUCUUGCAACACAGUGAAAUGUGGUUUCAUUAUUGUGAAGAUAAUUGUGUUGGUGCUUAUCCAGAAGAUGUGGUGCUAAUUUAUGAAAAAGUAGAAGGCUUUUAAAAGAUGUUUUGUUAGCCACAUACUGUAACUAUAUAUUUAAUGUGAGGCUACAGAUUUGGGUUGCAUUAAGAUGGGUCUGAACAAUCCGACAAUUUACUUGAGCUGCAUAUAUUUUUCAAAAUCUAAAGGAUAUAGGAUUUGCUAUAAUGCUAUAAUAUUGUCAUGUAAUGGAAGGUUUUAAAUGUGGAUUUCUUGAGGGGGGAUUUUUUUUUUUAGAUUUUCAUGUUGCUUAUAUUCAAAAAGUUCAUGAGUAUCCUUUUGAAGACCAAAUACCUGAAAUUAAAGAUGCAGAUUGAAAACUACCAAACAUUAAAUCAAGUUUACUACC